AUGGCCUCACAGCAGCCCACCAGGACGCCCCUCAAGGGCUCCUGCCACUGCGGCGCGACCAAGUACAUCCUCUUCCUCACCCUCCCGCACCCGUACCCCGGCGGCGAGCCCAGCCCCCGGUCCGACCAGCGCUUCUACCGCUGCAACUGCACCGUCUGCCACAAGGCGGGCUUCUUCCACAUCCGCCCGGCCUCGCCCGCCGACGACUUCCUGCUGCUCGCGCCCGAGGACCCAUUCGCCGCGCUGGGCGACUACCUGUGCGCCGACAGGCGCCUGCACUUCUUCUAUUGCAAGACGUGCGCGAUGCGCUGCUUCAUCUUCAUGGGCGACUCGGAGGGCGCCGUGGAAGUGGACCUGGGCGAGCUGGGCGUGCCUGGAUACGAAAAGGGCUCGAAGACCAAGGUGUGGAGGGUGAAGCGGGAGGGCGGGCAUCCUGAGUUUGGGAACUACUUGAGCGUCAAUGGGCACUCUGUCGAUGCUGGGCAGGCGUUUGACAUGCGGGCGCUGACGGACAGCAAAGUGGUGCAGUACCUCGACUGCUUGGAGGAGGAGAACCCGGGGGAGCGACGGUUCGACUAUCCCCACGUCGGGGGAUGUUAUUAG